AUGGCCGCGACUCUGACGUCGGCGCUGAGCUCCAUGGAGGUGAUGCUGGACGCGCUCAUGCAGCGAGGGAUAGGCAAGCCGGAAGAACCCAAGCCCAAAGAAGAAGAGGAGCCACCGGCGCUGCCCACGCGCCCGACGGGACGAGGCAGACUUCCGGCGCUGCAGAGGCCCGGCGGCACAGCAGCAGCUCCGUGGAUCCACCGCCCUUCCCCGGUACCGCCGCCAACACAGGAAGAGGAUGAGGAGAAAUGCUUGGUGAAUCUGGAGCUGGAAAGAAGGGCCGCCAAGGCAGAGGAGGAGGUGAAACAGAAAGAGGAGGAGAUGAGGCAGAAAGAGGAGCUUAUCUCCACGCUGCAACGACAGGUUGAGCACUACGAAUCCCGGCUCUCGGAAUGCGAGGUCAGGAUGAAAUCUGUGGAGGAGGAGCUGCAGAGGCAGAUCACUUCGUUACAGAUGGCUCAAACCGCCGGGGGAAGGAGAGAUGGAUCGACGAAGCACGGCCAGGAAUCAUCUCGUGGAGGUCUUCCGCCGUCUCAGCCACCAUCGUCGAGGCACCAGCAGCGCGGUUCCGAGCCCACCGCCGUCGUCGCCGCAGCUGACGAGAGGACACUGGCGGAGCCGGUGAACCAACUGGCCAGGGAGUUCCAGACUGAGAGGGAGGCGUUUGAGCACAACGCGCGCGCGGUGGUGGAGGUUAGGCCGCCGUCUCCUAGCAGCGCCAAGUCGGUGGAGGAGCUCAAGACGCUGAAGCGGCAGUUCGCGUCGUGGAAGAAGGAGUACGAGGCCCGGCUGAAGAAGACCAAGGCCGAGCUCAAGAGGCUCGUCCAUGCCGAGAAGAAGAGCAGCGGUGGCGGCGGCGGCGGAAACAGCGGCGACGGACACGCCCACCAGCAGCGGUGCGGGUGGUGGAGGUUCAAAGCGCCGAAAUGUAGGGCGCCCAAGUGCUGCAGCUUCAAGCUACCGAGCCCGAAAUCGUGCUGCUGCUGCUUCCGCCGCUGA